AAGGAUUCGCUUUAGCUGCACAGUAUCGUCUCCGUCACGUCACGUUUUUUUUUGUUUUGUUUUUUUUUACUCUCGAGAUUCCGUUUUCCGACAGCACGUGAACGCAGCAGAGGCUCAUCUGUUGAUCGGGAAACUAAUCAGGAGUCAAAGUCAGGACUUUAGGGCUGCUAGCUGCUGGGCUACAGCGCCGGAAAAGUCCACCGGCCGCCCGUCCGGCGGCUUCACACGGAGUUGGUGGGUUUUUGGGGACUCCCCUGAGCACAAACACCGACUAAAGAUGACUGUUGGAGGGACAGCUUUGGCUUAAAGUGCGGGCGAACUUCCCGCGGCCAGCGGAGGCUCGCGGCUAACUCAUUAGCCGGGAAAAGAAGUGCUCGCGCGGGCGAAAAAUGGAGCUGGACGACGCGGUUCUGUACCAGGACGACCCGGGCAGCUCCGCCGUCAUGUCCGAGCGGGUGUCCGGCCUGGCCAGCUCCAUUUACCGCGAGUUUGAGCGGCUCAUCGAGAAGUACGACGAGGACGUGGUGAAGGAGCUGAUGCCGCUGGUCGUGGCCGUCCUGGAGAACCUGGACUCGGUGUUCGCGGUCAACCAGGAGCACGAGGUGGAGCUGGAGCUGCUGAAGGAGGACAACGAGCAGCUGGUCACGCAGUACGAGCGGGAGAAGGCGCUGCGCAAGCACGCGGAGGAGAGGUUCAUCGCGCUGGAGGACUCCCAGGACGGCGAGAAGAAGGACCUGCAGGCUCGGCUGGUGACGCUGCAGUCUGUGGUUCGUCAGAUGGAGCUGAAGACCAAGAACUACGCAGACCAGAUCGGCAGGUUUGAGGAGCGGGAGGCGGAGCUAAAGAAGGAGUACAACGCUCUCCACCACAGACACACAGAGAUGAUCCACAGCUACAUGGAGCACCUGGAGAGAAGCAAACACGGCGCCGCUCCGGCAGAACCCGCGGACCCGGCCUCGUCGGCGCGAACACGGAGGGAGCGGCCCCUCUCCAUGGGCCUUUUCCAGCUUCCUGGGGGUGAAGGGCUGACCUCUGACCUCCACAGGGAUCCCCUGGAAUCUCCUUCAGAGCCUUGGAGGUUCAGUAGCCUCAGCCAUCCGCGGUCCAACACCAGCCUCAAGGAUGAGCUGGCCCACUUCCCCAAUGGAAGGUCCAAGUCCGGCUCCUCCACCAACCAUGUCUCCAGAACCGGAGCUUCAGAGUCCAAACCCAGCAGCUCUGCCGUGCCGCCGUCCAGAACCGGACCCGCCUCCUCCUCUGUCAUUGCAGACGUCUCCCUGGAGUCUUUGGUGAAGCCCCCCCAGGACCCGGAACCAUCAGAGCAGCAGAAUCUGGACUUGAACAGAGUUUUUCUGGAAGGAACCCAGACCAGCGCUGCAAGGCGGGAAGGAGGGUGGGGCCAAUUUGGGUCAGACGACCAGGAGUCUGCUCACCCCCCCCUGCAGGGUGACGACGGGUCUGAGGCCGCAGAACCUUCUGAGGUGCAGGCCAUCAUCGAGUCCACCCCGGAACUGGACAUGGACCUGGAGGGCUGCAGAGGAACCAGCACGCCGACCAAAGGAGGCGUGGAGAACCCGGCCUUCAACCGGAACACCGACUCUCUGUUCGAGGAGCUGUCGUCUGCAGGAAAUGACCUCAUCAGCGACAUGGACGACGGCGCCGACCUGCUGGACGAGUUUUCUGACGGCAGCUACUUGGGAAUGGGUCGGGAAGUGGAGCACCUCAUCCACGAGAACGCGCAGCUGCUGGAGACCAAAAACGCUCUGAACGUGGUGAAGAACGACCUGAUCGCUCAGGUGGACGACCUGGCCUGCGAGAAGGAAGUUCUGCGAGGAGAACUGGACGCCGUCAUCCAGGCCAAAACCAAGCUGGAGGAGAAGAACAAGGAGCUGGAGGAGGAGCUGAAAACAGUCCGAGCGGAGCUGGAGGACGCCAAGCAGAAGGUCAAGAACGAGAACGAGGACGAUAGCGACGUCCCGACGGCGCAGAGGAAGCGCUUCACCAGGGUGGAGAUGGCCAGAGUCCUGAUGGAGAGGAACCAGUACAAGGAGAGGCUGAUGGAGCUGCAGGAAGCCGUCCGGUGGACCGAAAUGAUCCGGGCGUCCAAGGAGAACCCCGCUCUCCCGGAGAAGAAGAAGUCCAGCCUCUGGCAGUUGAGUUUCAGCCGCUUGUUUAGCUCGUCGGGCGGAGGAGGGAAGAAGCCGGCGGCGGCGGCGGAGGCUCCGGUGAACGUCAAGUACAACGCCCCCACCUCCCACAUCCAGCCGUCCAUCAAGAAGAAGAGCAGCACCCUGCAGCAGCUGCCCAGCGACAAAAGCAAGGCAUUCGACUUCCUGAACGAGGAGGCUCCAGCGGAGAGCGUAGUGACCCGGAGGGAGCAGAAGAGGGCGCAAUACCAGCAGGUCAAAGCCCACGUGCAGAAAGAGGACGGCCGCGUUCAGGCGUACGGGUGGAGCCUGCCCAAGAAGCUGAAGGGAAACGGCGCUCAGGCGGAGAAGAUGAAGAACUUGCCGGUGCCGGUCUUCCUCCGGCCGCUGGACGAGAAGGAGGCUUCCAUGAAGCUGUGGUGCGCCGCCGGUGUGAACCUGUCUGAAGGAAAGACCAGAGACGGGGGCCUGUUGGUGGGAGCCAGCGUGUUCUACCACGACCUGUCCGGUUCCGAGGGUCCCCAGAAGAAGGCGGGCUCCCAGAGCAGCCUGGAGAAGCUGGACCAGGAGCUGCAGGAGCAGCAGAAGGAGCUGCAGCACCACGACCGGCUGUCCUCCCUGGUCUGGAUCUGCACCAGCACCCAGUCCGCCUCCAAAGUCGUGGUCAUCGACGCCAACCAGCCCGGCAACAUCCUGGAGAGCUUCGUGGUUUGUAACGCUCACGUGCUCUGCAUCACCAGCGUGCCAGGCGCCAGAGAGACGGACUAUCCCGCUGAAGAAGAAGGAGCUCCAAACCCGGAGGCGGGGCCUGCCGGAGAUGGCAGCUCCGCCUCAGCCGACAGCAGCUCGCCGUCCGGUGACAGCAUCCUGGGCGGGAUCACAGUGGUGGGCUGCGAGGCCGAGGGCGCCGGCGCCGGUCCGGGUGAGAACCUCUGUGUGGAUUCCAGAGCAGCCCAGGAACCAGCGGGAGAGAGUCUGAGGAGCGUCCACGCCGACACCAGCUUCUCCGACCCGCUGGGAGCCGGGGAAGGUUCUUUAGAGAGGGAGGGGGAACCCCCGAGGGACGGAGCGGAAUCGAACCCUGAGCAGGAGGAGCAGCUGACCAUGGAGGAGGCUCAGAGGAUGAGCAGCGUUCAGCCCACCAUGUGGCUGGGAGCUCAGGACGGACACCUGUACGUCCACUCCUCCGUGGCUCACUGGAGGAGGCGUCUCCAUUCCAUCAAGCUGAAGGAGUCCGUCUUCUGCAUCGUACACGUGAAGGGCCGCGUUCUGGUCAGCAUGUCCGACGGGACCAUCGCCAUCUUCCGCCGAGGGGCAGACGGACAGUGGGACCUGGGCCGGUACCACCUGCUGGACCUGGGGCGGCCGGCCCACUCCAUUCGCUGCAUGACCGUCGUGCACGACGCGGUGUGGUGCGGCUACAGGAACAAGAUCUACGUGGUGAAGCCAAAGGCCAUGAGGGUGGAGAAGUCCUUCGACGCCCACCCCCGUCAGGACAGUCAGGUCCGGCAGCUGGCCUGGCACGGCGACGGGAUCUGGGUGUCCAUCAGGCUGGACUCCACCCUCCGGCUGUUCCACGCACGCACCUACCAGCACCUGCAGGACGUGGACAUCGAGCCCUACGUCAGCAAGAUGCUGGGAACGGGCAAACUGGGCUUCUCCUUCGUGAGGAUCACGGCUCUCAUGAUGUCCUGCAACCGCUUGUGGAUCGGAACCGGGAACGGAGUCAUCAUCUCCAUCCCGCUGACGGAGACCAGCAAGGCCUCCAAAGCGGCCGGGAACCUUCCGGGCGCCGUGGUCCGCCUGUACGGAGACGACAGCGGCGACAGAGUGACGGCCGGGACCGUCAUCCCCUACUGCUCCAUGGCUCAGGCGCAGCUCUGUUUCCACGGACACCGCGACGCCGUCAAGUUCUUCGCCGCAGUGCCGGGUCACGCCGUCCCGCCUUCGUCCAGCGGCGGCGAGGCGGCCGGAGAGAAGAGCGACGCUUCCUGUCAGGAGGGAAUGAAGAGCGUGCUGGUGAUGAGCGGAGGGGAGGGCUACAUCGACUUCAGAAUAGGUGACGAGGACGGCGAGGCGCAGGAGGCGGACGCCGCCCUCCUAAAGCUGCAGGCCUCCCCAGCCAAAGCCGAGCGCAGCCACCUGAUCGUGUGGCAGGUCCUGCUGAGCGGCGAGUGAGCUUCACCAAACCAGCCCCUCCCCCUGACCCCGGGUCAGCCCCUCCCCCUGACCCCGGGUCAGCGCCUCCCCCUGACCCCAGGUCAGCCCCUCCCCCUGACCCCGGGUCAGCUCCUCCCCCUGCAGCGACAUGAACUAUGCAUCAUGCUAUGGUGAGAUGAGUCUGCACUCCUGCAGGCGCCGCUCCUCGCCGCCUCCUCUUCUGAGGAUGUUUUUCACUGGUUUUCAGUUCAGCUUUGAGGAUCAGAGACGUUUCUGAUCCUCCGCCGCUGCGUCUGCAUCAAUCACUGUGCUUCUCAACGGUCUAAACUUCCUCCGUUCCAUCAUCCGCUUGUUUGCGGACAUUUAGCGGUUCGACAAAGACCAGACUGUUACCGUAGCAACAAUCCCUGAGACAUGCAGACCAAUAAAUAAAGACGUAAAUGACAGAAAGAGACUCAAACUCAGACCUUCAUCAAAGUCGUCCAAUCAGCUGAUGUGACGGUUUCUCUGUGGUCAGAAACCGUUUCUAUCCGUUUCUUUAGUAAAUAAUCAGAGAAAUCUGCCGGAUCCUCACCGGUUUGAAGGUCUGAAAGCAGCCAAAGCCAGCGAUGCUCUUCAUCCCAGAGACUCAGGCGGGAAAUCAGAAGCAAUAAACUCGUCCUGCAGCGCCCCCCUUUGCCAGAGGCCUAGAUGCGUGGAGGCCGGGCGCCACGGAUCAUGUGUUCUUCUCAGAAGGUCGCUCCAUUUGCUACCGCGGCGAGCUCCGGCGGCGAGCGGCGGCUUUGCAGGUGACAAACUCUUGUGCAAUGAUCUAUUUUUAGACUUUCUUAUGAGGAAAAUGAUAUUUUUGGUAGUGGGAGGGGCUUCUAAUCUUCAUCACAUUUAAAUGUUUCCUCUCAAACCGGGAAAAAAGUUUGUCUUUUUAUGAAUUUUAAGUUUAUUUUAAGUGGUUUGGAGCAAAGCUGAGUCUAUUUAAGACAAAACAGGAAUGCAAUCGUUAAAGCUAACUGUGU